CUUCUUACUUCUGUGCAGAAUCACCGUGAGAGAAACAUCUGGAAACGAGAGCACAAGAUCUGUGCAGGAAUAAUACGCACGUUCAGCGGCUGUUGCUGUUCUUCAAUCCCGACUGUGAGCGUGAUUGCAUGUCUGUCGUUGAGCGAGAGAGCGACUCCAAUCUAUAACUAAGUAUCUAUUUUCCCCUGUGUGACAGCACAAUCUCUAUAUCUCUGAGGCUGAGACAGAGACGAGAUCAUCUUCGCGUGUGAGUUUGCGAC